AUGGAGAAUCGGCGUUUCCAGGCACUGCUGCAGCUGCGCUACGAUGCUAACUUUUGCCAGUCGCGACCAUACAACAACCAAGGCUACCUCCAGAACGGCGCCUCUAGCCUUCAGCCAGGAACCGCACCUCUCCUGCCCAACCAUGGCCGCGUCAUCCAGACCGGUCCCAUCAGAGUUCUCUGCAUUGCAGAUGUUCGAGGAAACCUGAGAUCUCUCAACGAGCUGGCCAAGCAGGCACGCGCCGACCACAUUAUUCACACCGGUGACUUUGGCUUCUACGAUGACACCUCGCUCGACCGAAUCGUGGAGAAGACUCUCAAGCACGUGGCCCAAUAUUCGCCGCUCAUCUCCGAACCCGUCAAGAAGGCCAUCCAGCAAGGCGGCAACGGCCCCGUCAAGACCCGAUUCCCCGCCAGCGACCUGCCGCUGUCUGAGCUGCCGCUCCUGCUCAGCGGUGAACUGAAGCUAGAUGUGCCCGUCUAUACCGUUUGGGGUGCUUGUGAGGACGUCCGCGUACUGGAGAAGUUUCGGUCUUCCGAGUACAAGGUGCCCAACCUCCACAUCAUCGACGAGGCUCGCUCCAUGCUUCUUGAGAUUGGUGGCGUCAAGUUGAGACUGCUCGGCCUUGGCGGCGCUGUGGUCAUGCACAAGCUUUUCGACAACGGCGAGGGACGGACCACGAUUGCUGGUGGUCAAGGCACCAUGUGGACUACGCUGUUGCAGAUGGGGGAGCUGGUGGACACGGCCUAUCGCGUUUACGACCCGACCGAGACGCGAAUCUUCAUCACACACGCCUCCCCAGCGCGCGAGGGUAUCUUGAACCAGCUUUCCGUCACCCUCAAGGCCGACUUCUCCAUCUCGGCUGGCCUGCACUUCCGGUAUGGAAGCUCCUACAACGAGUUCAGUGUCAACCCCACUCUAGACCACUAUCGCGGAAAGCUCGCCGCCUCCAAGGCCUCCUUCAACGACGUUUGGGAAACGGUCAAGGGCGAAGUCGAGCCUGCUAUCCAGCAGAACGAGGCUCAGCAGAACCUCUUGAAGAACGCACUGCAGCUCGUGGAGAAGAUGCCCACCACAGCCGCCGGCGGCAACCCCUUCGGCGGACCUGCGGCUGGUGGCCAGGCCGCUCUCGGCCAGGUGGACGAGAGCGCGUUCAAGAACAUGUGGAACUUCAACUUGGCCGAUGCUGCCUUUGGCUAUCUUGUGCUGGAGGUCCAGGAUGGACGCAUUGGCACCGAGAUGCGCGCCCAGGGGUUCAACUUCUCUCACCGUGGGGCUAAGCAACAACCCGGUGCUGCCGCUGCUCCCCCAGCGGCGUCGACGGGCGGCCCUGCUACUCCCGCUCAGCCAUCGACGCAGACUGGUGCGCCUCCGCCCUACAGCCGAGAGCCGUCCGCGAACCAGCCUCCCAAGGCAGCGGCCUCCGCCCCCGCGGCCGCAGCCCUCAAGCCCGGCACCCCGCAACCCGGCCAGGGCCCUACAAGUGGCGGCGCCUCUGGCAAGGACUCAGACAAGGCAGCAGCUAACGGAUCUGCCCAUGCUCCCGAACCCACCGCCUCUCCCGCGCCCAAGACGUCCGCGUCGGACAUUGUCGGCCUAUUCAUCAUGAAUGUCAACACCGAGGAACAGUGCCGUGACCUCUUCGACGAAGAGGACAAGGGCAAGAUUGUGAAGGUGGAGAAAUGGGGCGCUCAGAACAAGGUGGUCCAGUUCAAGACGGUCGAGGACCGCGACGCGGCCAUGUCUCGCCUGCCUGACGACGUCAAGACGCGAACUCAGGAAGACCGUUCGAAGCCCCUGGUCCGCAUCUUCCAGCACAGAGAAGGAAAGCCGUUCAACAGCCGAGGCGGUGCCGGAAACUGGGGAGCAAAUGCCCGCGGCGGCGGCUCCGCGAGCGGUUACCGCAGCGCUGGCGGCACGAGCGACUCCGAAAGCAACCGACGCGGUGGUCGAGGCGGCCGAGGCGGUCGUGGCGGUGACCGAGGCCGUGGUGGACGUGGCCGAGGCGGACUCAAGGGAGAGGGCGGCACGUCCUCGCCCGCGGCGCCGGCCACGCCGGCUGCCGAGUGA